UCUUCGCUUAGACACUAUGAUAAGCAUAUAUGUACUGUACUGUAAAUUGAUUUUCACUAAUCACCAUUCUACUAUUCAUUUCAGACUUUUCAUAUAGGAAUAAGAAUAUGUCAUCUAAACGUUUGAUAUUAUUUUAUUUCAUUGGAAUUGCAUUUCCAAGUUACUUGCAAUGUCAAACCGUUUGUCGAAAACUGGAUAAAAUCAUCUUCUAUCCAUAUAGAGAAAUAGUUUAUGUAAACGAAACCUAUAGAGAGUAUGGUCGUUACUAUUAUUCUCAGAUAAUCAAUCUAAAACAACCUUCUCCAAUGGUGAAUGGAAAAUUCCAUGAAAUGCAGCAAAACGAUGCGGUUAUCAGACCACCAUUCAGCGUUGAAUUCUAUGGGGAACACUACGAUGUGAUCAAUGUGAAUAAAAGAGAAAGUUGCCGUUUAUUCGUAACUAACUCAAACGAACUAUCUGAAACGAUACGAAGAAUUAAUACUUUCAUAUACAAAUCCUCACAUCAAUAUGAUGUAUAUAUUGCAACUGAAGAUAAGUUUGUGGCUGUAAAAUGGUUAUCUAAGGAUAAAUCAAUUCAGGUUCAUUCAUAUCUAUACGCAAAUGGAAACAUAACUUUCUAUUACGAAAAGAUACCCAAUAACAUAAAUCGCAAAGAAAUUGAGUCGGGCAUUUCAAAUGAUUUGGUGUGUAAGAAUACUGAAACGGAAAUUUGUUCCAAACAACAAUCAGCUGAACAAUGCUUUAACUCAACCAUAUCAAAAGUGAGGUGUUAUUGGUGUCCAACUAUUAAAAAGUGCAGUAAUGGUCAAGAUAUUCAAAUCAUAAAGUGGUUAGAGAACGAUUGCGAUAAAAUGAAUAUUUCUCAGCCUCAAGAUUUGACGACCGCAACUUCUGAAGUCACUACUUCAGAGAAUACGGAAGAACAAAAGAAUAUUUCUCGAUCUCAACGUUCGACGACUACAAUCAUUAUUGUCGUUUCAAUUACACUGAUUUUGUUAUUUUUGUUUUCGUCAUUGUUGAUUUUUCGCAAAUUCUUCUUUAAAAAAUGUGCAACACUUUUCUCUUGAUCUGUAAAUUUUGUUACAUACAACUGAAUAUGUAACACAUUUGAUUAUUAGACGAUUAGUUUUGAUUAGUUGAGUUAUUUUUUUUUGCUAAUAUUUAAAUGAAAUUACAGAAUUUGUGAUUUAUAAUCAUA